UAAUACGGGUAUUUUUAAGACAACCAAUAAUGCUAUUUUGUAUUGUAAACUAGAUUAUCGGGUGAGGUUAAGUAUUUGUUUUCGGAUUAUUUGUGUUUUAAGAAGCUUUUUUCGCAUUUUAUUUGUUUAUCUGUUUACACAAACACAUUUAUAUAUUCAGUUAAAAACAUGUGAUUUUCAACAGAAGAAUAAGCUGACGGGAUAUUUUCUACAGAUCCUGGAUAAACAAAAUGGCGGCCGUUACGGGCGUAGCGCUAAUAUCUACGCUACUGAUGGUUACAAAUGCGUCGCCAGCAGUGAAAUUAGAGACUUCAGGUGACCCUGUUCUUGGUAAACGAUUUGAACUCGAGUGUGAGUGGAACUUGGAUACAGAUAAUGUUAAGGUAUUCUGGAUUAAAGACGGCGAAAAUAUAUCCGCGGCAGGAAGUAAUUCCAGGUACCAUAUAAGUGACAAUUUCGACGGGGAAGCCUCAACAUUGACUAUAAAGAGAGUAUCAGAAUACGAACAGGGAAACUAUACAUGUGUCGUCCAAACAAAUUAUAGCUCAUACAAGUAUAGGAGUAAGAUGUACGAACUGAACUUACAUCUAGCACCAAAGAUGUAUAUAUCCAAUACUGGAAAGGAAAUUGAAGUUGGUGACGACGUUAGAAUGAUUUGUUCAUUGGCAGGAAUACAUAAACAUCUGACUUGGUCGUUUAAAAGUGUUAUUUCGGGCGACACAAUAGAUGCCAGAACCUACAUAAAUAGAGGAGGUACAGCCGGUGUUCAUUCAGGUUACUCCAAAAAUGCGACAGGAUCAGUCUUAACAAUAUUGCUAAAAUCCGUAAGCAUUAUACAGUCCGGAAUGUAUAGCUGUACAGCGGAUGAUAAACGAAGCAGGGAAGUAGAGCUGAAUGUUACAGGGUACGAGUUAAAAUGCAGUGAUACCUACGUGCAAGUGAAAGUAGGCUCCGAUGCUAUGAUUACAUGUAAUGUAACAAGCAGCGACCCACAACGUAAGGACCGUAUCAAAUGGACGGAGAAGAACAAUGUUGUAGACAUCAGAUCCCAAAAGUUUUCCAUGAGCACUGCAGACAUUAAUAAAUUGACAACUAAGGUGGAAUUCAGAAUUUUUAAAGUUGAAGAAAAAGACGACAGAAGAAUAUUCAAAAUUAGCAUAAAAGACGGAGAUAAUGCAGAUUACGUUACCUUUUACUUGCUUGUGUCUCAAGAAUCCGAAUGUGAUUGCCCGAAUGGCCUGCGCUGUGACAAGUCCAAAACCUGUGUUUGCCCUCCUGGAUUUAUUCGAAAUCCAAACGGUCCGAUGCCACGUGAUCAACAGACCUGCAUUCCGGACUCGCCGGCUUCAACAACCGAAGAAGACACAUCGUCGGAAGAUCUGUUUGGGGAUGAAGACCCAGAAAGAGAUAACCAAUGGAGUGAUAUGGACGAAAAACGUAAAGGUCCAGUUGUUGUCACCCAUAGUUCUGUGGCGACAAUAGUAGGGUCUACGAUGGGGUCACUGGGAGUUGUUCUUAUUGCACUAGUUUGUUUCAUUUGUUACCGAAGAAGGAAGAAGGCAAAAGCAGCGAAAAAGAUUGCACGAAGAAUGGCACAUGUUGCCGCUAAGGGCAUAUCAGUCCAUUAUCAUGAUCCAAGCUAUAUAUACAGAUACGAGUAUCAUUCAGAGGCGGAUCUUAUCAAGGACAACCCAAGUUUUAACAAUCCUGGUUAUCAGCUCCCUCCACCUCGACCACGUGAGACACUUAGGAAAGAGAAUACAUACGUAACAUUCAAAGAACGCCUUGAAUUUCCGCGAGAAAAACUUCAGCUUGGGGUUGAUCUUGGCGAAGGUAGAUUCGGUAAAGUGAUUCAAGCGCGUGCGAUGAACAUAAGCGGCACGGGAAACUGGGAAAGGGUCGCAGUGAAGACGUGUAGAGGAACGGCGACGGACUCAGAAAAACAGGAUUUAUAUCAGGAACUUGAAAUAAUGAGAAAAUUGCCAAACCACAACAAUUUAGUGGCGUUGUUAGGCUGCUGCUCAAAAACAGAUCCCUUACUGAUAAUUUUGGAAUAUGUUCAUAGAGGGAGUCUACUAAGUUACUUACGGAAGUGUCGCCCUAGCAGUAUCAUGUCAAAUAGCUCUAUAAACACAGUUUCGACCACAUCUUCCUUGCUAUCUGGUAGCUCUAUGACAGGAUCCUCGGCAACGUCCAGCUUCAUGCAGCCACGUGCCAAAGAUUUGUCCAUCUUUGCCUUGCAGAUUGCACGAGGAAUGGCACAUGUUGCCGCUAGUGGCAUAAUACAUCGUGAUUUGGCAGCACGCAACGUGCUGCUUGCAACUGAUUUCACGUGCAAAAUUUGUGAUUUUGGGCUCGCACGUGACGUGGAGGGCGUGGACGUAUACGAACGCACUUCAAAGGGACCUCUCCCGAUUCGGUGGAUGGCACCUGAAGCAUUGUCGGACAAUAUGUACACAAGAAAGAGUGACGUGUGGUCGUAUGGUGUUUUGUUGUGGGAAAUUGUUACUUUAGGUGCCACUCCAUAUCCCGGUAUGUCGGCGAUGGAGGUAAUGAGACAGGUAUUGCAGGGACGAUACCUACAGAGACCUCUACAUUGCAAGGAAGAAAUGUAUGAUCUGAUGGUAUUAUGUUGGGAGAAGAUGGAACAAAGACCGUCGUUUGCAGAUAUAGUGACGCACCACGAGGCUCUAAUGGAUGACGAUUAUAUAGUUCUCAGUGAUUAUGAUGAAAGUGACUACGGAUAUCUAGAAUCCUUUACCAUGGAUGAAAGAGUUUAGCCAUAUCCAAUCUGACUACAGAUUUUCAGAGACUUUUAUCAUGGAUGAAAGAGUAGUUUAGGCAUAUCCAAUCUGACUACGGAUGUGUGAAGUCUUGUACCAUGGAUAAAAGAGAUUAGGCUUACCCGAUCUGACUGCGGAUAUCUAGAAUCAUUUACCAUGGUUGAAACAGUUUAGGCAUAUCCAAUCUGACUACGGAUAUCUAGAAUCAUUUACCAUGGGUGAAACAGUGUAGUCAAAUCCAAUCUGACUACGGAUAUCUAGAAUCAUUUACCAUGAAUGAAACAGUUUAGGCAUAUCCAAUCUGACUACGGAUGUCUAGAGUCUUUUAUCAUGUAUAGAAGAGUUUAGGCAUAUCCAAUCUGACAGCAGAUAUCAAGAAUCAUUUACCAUGAAUGAAACAGUUUAGGCAUAUUCAAUUUGAAUACGGAUAUCUAGAAUCAUUUACCAUGGAUGAAAGAGUUUAGGCAUAUUCAUCUAACUACAGAUAUCUAGAGUCUUUUACCAUGGAAAAAAGUUUAGACGUAUCCAAUUUGAAAAAAUGGAUAUGUAGGGUCUUUUACCAUGGAUGAAGUAAGUCUCUAUGGGUAUGUAGAUUUUUUGCCAUGGUUGGAGAAGUGUAGGCAUCCAAAACGAAUACUGAUAUUUAUUAAGAGUCUUAUAUUAUGGACGCACUAUAAAAGGCAUACUAAAUUGUGGAUAUCGCUACCAUGGAUACAAGAAUUUGAAGGGAUCAAAUUUGACAACGUAUGGUUUAGAGAAUGAAUAUGUUUAUCUAAUUUCGAAAGAGUUUAAAUGCGCUAAUUGUUGAGUGUGCUGAUACAUGCUUACAUGAAAGUGUCACCUGUUGUUAUGAGAAUACAUAAUUAUACAUUUGUGUUUGGGUGAGAGAGCUUGCUGAGAAUGACAUCUUUUUAUAACAGGACUAAAAUAAUAUAUUUAAACGAGUUUAUGAUUAUAAUAUUAUUUUUGUGUCUGGAUGAGCGUGAGUAGUUUUUGGACAUGCUUAUUAUAAUAAUGAUAUGAGCCACGCCAUGAGAAAACCAACAUAGUGGCUUUGCGACCAGCAUGGAUCCAGACCAGCCUGCGCAUCCGCGCAGUCUGAUCAGGAUCCAUGCUGUUCGCUAACAGCUUCUCUAAUUGCAAUAGGCUUUGAAAGUGAACAGCAUGGAUCCUGACCAGACUGCGCGGAUGCGCAGGCUGGUCUGGAUCCAUGCUGGUCGCAAAGCCACUAUGUUGGUUUUCUCAUGGCGCGGCUCAUAUGUGUUUACAUCUGUAUGAAAGUGUUUUGCCAUACUUAAGGUUGGUUGGACUGUCAAACUUUUAUUAUAUAUGAAGAAAAAUGUACAUGCAUAAUAUGAAAAAAUCCCAUUGUCAUAGUCGUAACGUUCAUAUUGUGUUUACACAUAUUCAUUAUGAGAAUUUGUCAUACAUUUGUGUCAGACUAUAAGCAUUAAGACAUACUCGUAACGUAAAUAUUUGUACACAUGCCCAUGCUAUUGAUGUCAUAUAUAUUACUCUCGUACGUAUCUCUUUAGGGAAAAUGUCAUUCAUUUGGCUAUGUUAAACACGCUUUUCACGUGCACAGCUGAAGAAUGUUAUGAAAUGAUAUGAAUGUCUCUGUCCUCCUUAAACACUCGCUUAAACAUACUCAAUUGAAGAAUCCCUGGCUGGAAGUAUAUUAAGGCCUUUUCGAUAGGACGAUAUCAACGUGUGACAUUUCCUGUACACUUAAUGUCAUUGUAGAAACUGGGGUCUAGUUUAAGACAAACUGUACACAAUUACGAAUCUCUCUCAUUAAUGCUGUAGUUGUGCGUUUGUUUUACAUGCUUUGUUGUAAACCGUCCUGAGACCCAUUCCUUUUAUAUACAUGUGAAACUCGAUAUCUCGAACUAGCUUAUCUAAAAGUUCCGGCUACCUCGAAGACAUUUUCAAGUCCCGUCCCCAAAGCAUGCGCACAAAAUACCAUUUUAAGUCGAGUUUAGGUUAUCGCGAAGUAAAACACUCGAUCCCUUGGAACUCAAGAUAGUUUCAAUUGUAUAACAUUUUUUUGACAGAAUUGUUCUGAAAUUAAUGUUGUGCUUGUAUUUGGAAGAAUACUCAAUUAUGCAAAAUCUUCAACAUCAGAAUAUUUUAUUUUCUAUUCUUCUUAACUUAACCUAAUGAGAAAUAUCAUGUCUGUUCGUCAUUGUGCAAGUUUAUGCUUCCAGAUGUCUUAGUUCACCUUCGCUGUGUAACAAACAUGCAGUUGUAUUUUAUUUGUAUUUAUUGAAUGACGAUGAAUCACUGAUAUCAAUGUCAACUUUGUUGAAAUUUCUCAUCCUUAAACUUGGUAUUUAAAACAUAAGAAGGUUUGUUCAAAUAGUUAUAUACGAAAGCACUUCUUAAACUGUCAUAAAUUUCUUCUUCCUUAUUUUUGACUAAUCCUAACGUGGACAACGGUGAAUAACGGAUGUAGGGAUGGGUGCAGUUGUCAAUAAUGUACCGUGAUAAAAGUUAAAAGCAUUAUCCUUUUGUUUGAUUUUCUAACAUUUUGAUUUUGUAUUACUGAGGUUUUCUUUUCUGUUAUAAGAAGUUUAUUUCUAGAUAAAAUAAUGACAUGAAUUUUCGUAACACUUAAGAAUACGGCGUUACUUUUUAAUAAGAUAUUAACAACAUUUGUUUAAAACGAUGUGAUUGUCAGAGAUGUUUCUUUACGUGGUGGCACACACAUGCUUUUUUUUUUUACAUUUUUUACGUUUUUUUUUUGUCAGAAAAUGAGAUUUUACAAUGCUUUAUCUCACAUCUAAUAUAUGUAUUAUAUUUUAUUUGAAUUGUUUUACACUUUUAAGUAGUGAUAAGAUUGCCCUUAUGUGAAAGGGGUUAUUUAUGUAAAGUUUUGGCAUACAUAGGAACUACUUUCUUCUAUUUUUUAGAUAAAAACAUUCGAAAUGAUGCAGUAAUUUUCAUGCAGUACAUCAUUUGUAAAAUCACAAGAGUAAUCUGUCAGCAAUGUAGAAAAAGCCAGCUAUCUCUUUAGUUCGCUGUCCACGCAAUAAGAAUAACUUGCGGUAUAAAAUAUUUUUAAUUAAACGAUACUCUUUCAUGAGUAUUUAAAUUUUAUACCCAAUAGUAUUUUGUUUCCUUUUAUCAAAAAUAAAAUGACACUGUGGCUUACAUUGGAAGGAUUCCCCUGUAAGUGUCUAAUGAAUAUGAAAAUAUUACCGCUGGUUAAAUUUGCUUUUAUUUCUGUAUGCAUGCUGAAAAUUAUUGUUAUUUUUAGCUCACCUGAGCAAUGCUCAGGUGAGUUUUUCUGAUCACUCGAUGUCCGGCGUCUGUCGUCCGUCUGUCGUCUGUCUGUCGUCCGUCAACAUUCAGCUUGUGUAUGCGAUAGAGGCUGUAUUUUUCAACUGAUUUUCAUGAAAUUUGGUCAGAAUGAUAACCUUGAUGAAAUCUAGAUCGAGUUUGAAGAUGGCUUAUCUGGCGUCAAAAACUAGGUCACUAGGUCAAAUCAAGGAAAAACCUUGUGUAUGCGAUAGAGGCUGUAUUUUUCAAUUGAUCUUCAUGAAUUUUGGUCAGACUGAUUACUUUGAUGAAAUCUAGGCCGAGUUCGAAAAUGGGUCAUCUGGGGUCAAAAACUAGGUCACUAGGUAAAAUCAAGGAAAACCCUUGUGUAUGCGAUAGAGGCUGUAUUUUUCAGUUGAUCUUCAUGAAAUUUAGUGAGAAUGAUAACCUUGAUGGAAUAAAGGCUGAGUUCGAAAAUGGGUCAUCUGGGGUCAAAAACUAGGUCACUAGGUCAAAUCAAAGAAAAACCUUGUGUAUGCGAAAGAGGCUGUAUUUUUCAAUUGAUCUUCAUGAAAUUUGGUUAGAGUAAUUGCUUUGAUCAAAUCUAGGUCGAGUUUGAAUAUGGUUUAUCUGAGAUCAAAAACUAGGUCACUAGUUCAAAUGAAAGAAAAAAACUUGUGUAUGCGAUAGAGGCUGUGUUUUUCAGUUGAUCUUCGUGAAAUUUGGUCAGGAUGUUUGCUUUGGUGAAAUCUACGUCUAGUUUGAAUAUGGGUCAUCUGGGGUCAAAAACUAGGUCACUAGGCCAAAUUAAAGAAAAACCUUGUGUAUGCGAUAGAGGCUGUAUUUUUCAAUUGAUCUUUAUUAAAUUUAGUCAGAAUGAUUGCCUUGAUAAAAUCUAGAUCGAGUUUGAACACGGGUCAUCUAGGGUCAAAAACUAGGUCACUAGGUCAAAUUAAAGAAAAAUCUUGUGUAUGCAAUAGAGACUGUAUUGUUCAAUUGAUUUUUAUGAAAUUUGGUCAGGAUGAUUGCCUUAAUAAAAUCUAGGUCGACUUUGAAUAUGGGUCAUCUGGGGUCAGAAACUAGGUCACUUGGUCAAAUCAAAGGAAAAACUUUAGUAUGUGAUAGAGGCUGUAUUUUUCAAUUGAUUUUCAUGAAUUUUGGUCAGAAUGAUUGCCUUGAUAAAAUCUAGGUUGAAUUUGAACAUGGGUCAUCUAGGGUCAAAAACUAGGUCACUAGGUCAUAUCUAAGAAAAUGCUUGUUUAAUCUCAAGAGACCAAUUUUUGGUCCAAUCUUAAUGAAAAUUGGUCAGAAUAUUUGUUUCCAUGAAAUCACUAGGUCAAACAUGUUUUACACUGUUAUGGUGUGUUUCUUAGGUGAGCGACCUAGGGCCAUCUUGGCCCUCUUGUUUACUUUUUCUGUUACUACUCUGAUAAUACUGAUAUUUGAAUUUAUAAUUCAACGACUUUGUCUUUAUAUGUUAUUCAAGCAAUAACUUUCCACACAAAUAAG